UUCGUCACGUCUCUUCCUUCCUUUUUCAGUUCCCCGCAGCCGCAGCCCGCAGGCCAGAGGCCGCUUCGCUCGUUUGCUUCUCUCGCCGUCUCCUCCUUCCUAGUUCCCACCCCCUCGACGAUUCCUCGGCGAUGGGCGGCGGCGCGGCGGCGGCGACGGGCGCCGCCAGGUGGAUCCAGCGGCUGAGCGCGGCGAGGAUCUCGACGGAGGCGCUGGAGCGGGGCCAGAGCCGCGUCAUCGACGCCUCCCUCACCCUCAUCCGCGAGCGCGCCAAGCUCAAGGGAGAGUUGCUGCGUGCUAUGGGUGGCGUCAAAGCUUCUGCGACACUCUUAGGAGUGCCCCUUGGGCACAACUCAUCUUUCUUGCAGGGUCCUGCAUUUGCGCCUCCUCGCAUAAGGGAGGCCAUUUGGUGUGGAAGCACCAACUCUAGCACAGAAGAAGGCAAGGAAUUAAAUGAUCCAAGAGUGCUAACUGAUGUUGGUGAUGUCCCUAUACAAGAGAUUCGUGACUGUGGUGUUGAAGAUGACAGAUUGAUGCAUGUAAUCAGCGAGUCUGUCAAAACAGUGAUGGACGAAGAUCCUCUUCGGCCGUUGGUCUUAGGAGGCGAUCACUCGAUAUCUUAUCCAGUUGUUAGGGCUGUGUCUGAAAAGCUUGGCGGGCCUGUUGACAUUCUUCAUCUUGACGCACAUCCAGAUAUAUAUGACUGUUUUGAAGGGAACACUUACUCACAUGCUUCUUCAUUUGCAAGAAUAAUGGAAGGAGGUUAUGCUAGGCGACUUUUGCAGGUUGGACUUAGAUCAAUUACCAAAGAAGGACGUGAGCAAGGGAAGAGAUUUGGUGUGGAACAGUAUGAGAUGCGCACCUUCUCCAGGGAUCGGGAGAAGCUUGAGAAUCUGAAACUUGGGGAAGGUGUGAAGGGGGUGUAUGUCUCCGUUGACGUGGACUGCCUCGACCCUGCAUUCGCUCCUGGCGUCUCUCAUAUCGAGCCGGGAGGCCUCUCGUUUCGCGAUGUUCUCAACAUCCUUCAGAAUCUGCAAGGCGAUGUCGUCGCCGGAGAUGUGGUGGAGUUCAACCCGCAGCGCGACACGGUCGACGGGAUGACGGCUAUGGUCGCCGCAAAGCUGGUCCGGGAGCUGAGCGCCAAGAUCUCAAAAUGAGCAGAGCCAGUCAGGACAGAGUCAGCAAAGAGGAUUUUCAGGCACAGUGGUCCUUGAUCUUGAUUCCUGCCAAUCAUUUGUGCCACAUUUUAGUCUGACAAUCUUCUAUAAAUAAUAAAAUCAGGCUGCAAAACGUCUUUGAAUUUGGAAUGUGCUAUGUGGUA